UCUGACUACAAUUCGUACGCUGACGACUUGCUCCUUCGGAGUCCUCGUUGCUGACCACAUGGCCUGUUAAAGUCGCCUUGCGCUGUGAGCGCACACACUGUGUACCUGCUCGUGUGAGUGCUUCUCGACCAGUGCCACCUCGGCUCGACUUGGCGGAAUGUCUGAAGCUGCAUCUGCUGCUGCAACCAACACAUCGGGCACGGCAAACAAGGCGGCAGCUAUUGCAGCCGAGCGGGACCGGAAGCGCCAACAGCUACGCGAUGCAAACCUUCGCAUCUGGGAAUCGGGCCCCGCGGUUACGCACACGGGGCCAUUGGACUCGAACCUCAAAAAGAACACGGCGUUCGUGAAACGUGUAAAGCAAGGUCUUGGUGCCGAUGCGAGAGAUCAAUUGAUCAAAGAGCUCGGCAUUUUGAACCUGGACAAAUACCUCGAGGAGAUAUUGCAAGUCGUCCCGGAGGGUCUUUCUAAGUGCACCGCAGCAAAAGACAGCUUUGCAGCGAUUGAGAUUUUGUCGGCGUUCCAUACCCGUUUUGGCGGCCCAGCAUUCUCCAAACCGGUAUCCGUGCAACUGUCCGCGCAGCUAGCGCAACCGUCCCGGGCCUCUAUUCAAGCUCUGUCGCCGGAACAAAAGGAAAGAGAAGAGAGCAUGCGCAUUGCACGUCAAAAAGGAAUCAUUCGUGUGGCUGCAGAUGCUGCUCUCGUCGAAUGCGUUCGCGGAGAUGGACAGGGAAGCGAGGGGACACCUGGCCUGGAAUGGCUGUACACUACCACACGGGACAUGCUUACCUCAGAUCGUGAGCACGCCAACGUACCGAUCUUGACGGUGCUGCUCAAGGCCCAUGGCACUGUUUUGCUCGGACCAAAGUCUGCGAAUGUAGACGAAGUUUCGGACACACUCCAGGAGGUAUCGCUGCAAGAGCAUGGCAGCGCGGCGAGCGAGCGGCCCGUACCCGUUCUUCAAGUACCCCUCGAGUGGCAGGCUAAGUUUCGAAAGCUUUGUGCGAUAUAUUUUGGCACGCUUUCCAAGAGAAUAUCCAGGGACCACCUUCGCCUUUUCGAACAAGACAAGCGUAACCAUGAAGCGUACAUUCGCUCUGGUGAAAUAUUCGAAGAUCGGCAACAAAACUAUGAAAAGAUGACAAAGAAUCUCGACAAGCUCAUCGAAGCUGGCAAGGGGCUUUCCGAGCUGAUCGAUGUGCCCAUGCCGGUACUGCGCGAGGCAAAGGAAAUCGCUCUAGGCGGCUCAGUCGGUGUCAACCUCGAUGCAACACCCAAUCUUCAAAGUACCGACGCUGAAGAGAGAUAUGCAAGUGGCAUGAGCCCCUGGGAGGAUGAAGACACGCGAAAAUUCUACGAAGACAUUCUUGAUCUCAAAGACGUUGUCCCUGCCAGCGUAUUAGCGCUGGAAAAGGGUGCAUCAGAGCCAAUACUCGACGGGUGGGCAAAGCAGAAGGAAGCACUUGAUGCCUCGAGCCGGACCGAUGCAGAGGAUAAGGAACAGCCUUUAGCAGCUCAAGGCGCGCAUGAAGAGGUUAUUGCGAUCGUCGAGAACAGCCCAUGUCUACCGAGCAAAGACCUUGAUUCUUCGUCGCAGCCCCAGUCACCAAUGCUCCACGCCGAUAUGCCCCAUGAUGAUGUGGAAGAAGAUAGCGAGGGUCAAAUCACUGCAGGCCCAGCCGCACAACUCAACGCUCUGUUGGCGAAGCUGCCAGAAAUGACAAACCGCGCCAUGAUUGACUCGGCUGCUGUUGACUUCGUGUACCUCAACAACAAGCUUGCGCGACGCAAGUUGGUGCGCGCCACCUCCAACGUCCCCAGGAACCGGUCUGAUCUCAUUCCGUACUACGCUCGUCUCAUCGCAACUCUCAACCGGUAUAUGCCAGAUGUCGGCACUCUUGUCACAUCUACUCUAGAUGAGGAAUUUCGCUACUUUCAACGCAAGCGCCAGGCGGACAUGCACGAGAGCCGAGCAAGGAAUGUGCGAUUCCUGUCAGAAUUAACAAAGUUCAAGGUCACACCAAUUCACAUCAUCUUUCAUUGCCUCAAAGUGUGCUUGGACGGAUUCAGCGGGCACAACAUUGACAACCUGGCCGGCUUCCUUGAAGGCUGUGGUCGCUUUCUGUUGCGCACACCAGAGACAAGUGAUCGCAUGCGAUCCGCACUGGAACUGCUCCGCCGCAAACGUGCGGCGACAAAUCUGGAUCACAGGCAAGUCCUGAUCCUCGACAAUGCAUACUAUCAGUGCAAUCCACCCGAGCGCAAGGCCACACAAAAGCGAGAACGCAGUCCGAUGGAGCAGUUCAUUAACCACCUGGUCUUCAAUGUCCUUUCGAAAAAGCACCUGGAGAAGGUCCUUAAGCUCAUGCGCAAGCUUCAUUGGGAGGAUCCAGCUAUCAUAAAGCACCUACACGAAGUCUUUACCAAGAUGUGGAAGGUCAAGUUCAGCCACAUCCAUCUGCUUGUGAUACUGCUGCACGAUCUUCAGCCCUACCACUCGGACUUUUCCAUCCGCGUCAUUGACCAAAUUUGCGAGGACAUACGUGCUGGAAUGGAAGCGAACAUCUUUAAGAACAACCAGCGCCGCGUUGCAACUGUCAAAUUUCUCGGCGAGCUGUACAACUACCGCAUGAUCAGCUCGAGCAUCAUUUUUGAUCAACUGUGGAGCUUUACCACGUUUGGACACCGCAACGGGACGCCGCUACCCAACCAGAUUUCGCCGCUGGAUGCACCCGAUGAUUAUUUUCGCGUACGUCUGGUCUGCACCCUGCUCGACACGUGCGGGAUGUGCUUUGACCGCGGUUCUCCCAAGAAACGCCUCGACGAGUUUCUUGUCUUUUUCAACUUCUAUCUGAUGUCGAAACAGCAGCCGCUUCCCAUGGACGUCGACUUUAUGCUCUCCGACCUUCUUGAAUCGUUGCGCCCCAAUUUUGAGCUGAAGAAGACAUUUGAGGAAGCAGCACAAGCUGUGCAAGAAAUGGAAAGGGCGAAAGGUGUCCCUUCUGCCCAACAGGAGGCCGAAGAAAGCGACGAUGAAUCAAGCGAUGACGACGACGACGACGACGACGUAGGACAAAGAGGGAACCGUGCUCGGUCGUCUGGAGCCACAACUCCUAUCGAUGGCGCAGAUUCGGAUGCCGACACAGAGAUCGACAAUGCUGUUGAUGAACCGCAUAUCGAAGAUGAAUCGAUGAUAAUGCGGGGCGAGAGAGAGCGGCAGAUGCUUCAAGAGCAAGACGAGGAAUUCGCCCGCGAGCUGGCAAAGAUGAUGGCGGAGAGCUCAUCCGUGCCACCGGGAGGAGCAACUCGCUCACAAAAGGGACUCUUCGAUGCAGCGAUCCCGCUCUUAAAGAGAUCGUCGGCAUCAGUUGCAGAGUCUGUCGACCAGACCGAGGCAGUCGCUAAAGAUGGCCAGCACAUGAAGUUCAGCCUGUUGUCGAAGCGUGGCAACAGGGUUCUGACACAUGACGUCGAUGUCCCGAUUGACGCAGCAAUUGCGGUCAACACUCGGACCAAACAAAUGCGUGAUGCGGCUGAAAGGCAGCAAUUGAAGCAGCUUGUCUUAUCGUACGAGGGGCGCGAGCAGGAGCGGCAAGACGAAUCGCUGAUGCACGAGUUCAAAAACCGAGGUUUCAAGGUCAAAGUUGUCAAAGAUCGCAAUGCUGGAUAGGAGUUGUCCAGUGCAGAUGCCGCAUCAAUUCUUGAAGCCGACUGCCUCAACAAUGGGCGGCUGGCACUCUUUCCGCCGCCGCCUUAUAGCAUCGAAUGGGCUUGAUGAUCGGCAAUGCAGCUUCUUUGCCUGUCUUCUGCCGUUCUAUCGCACGCUAGCCGGAGACGAGGGUAAUGGGAAACCAACGGCGAGGUCGUCGCGGAACGGGCAAAGCGUCCUGCAGGGAAGUUACAUGUCCCUAACCCGGUCCGCACAGUAGCGAACGGUACCGUCGGUCAAGAACCCAUACGAUAGCGGCACAUUCCCGCUGUUCCCUUCGCAAGUCUACUUGGCAAACAUUGACUUGCCUGCUGGCACGCAAAUAGCACGGCUUAGGGAAGUCCACAGCCAGCCCAUCAGACUGAGAUUCAAUUCCCCCAAGCUGGGACAGCAUGUAUUGCAAUUCAGAUGGUGACAAUGCUGGAAGGGCC